AUUGGCUUUGGCUAGUGAAGUGGGAAGACCAAGUUCAAUAAAUUACAGAGAGCUAACUGGAGCUGCAGAAAGAAAGGCAUGGCAGCUGAAGAAGGACAAAGGGUCGAUCAAUACACACAAGAUGGGACUGUGGAUCUUAAAGGAAACCCUGUCCUUCGAUCCAAGAGAGGUGGAUGGACUGCUUGCUCCUUUGUUGUUGUGUAUGAGGUGUUUGAACGCAUGGCAUAUUAUGGAAUAUCGUCGAAUUUGAUCUUGUAUUUGACCAAAAAGCUUCACCAAGGGACUGUGACUUCUGCGAAUAAUGUGACCAAUUGGGUUGGCACCAUUUGGAUCACUCCUAUUUUGGGAGCAUAUGUGGCCGAUGCUCAUCUGGGUCGUUACUGGACAUUUCUCAUUGCUUCCAUUAUCUAUCUAUCGGGAAUGUCUGUAUUAACCCUUGCAGUUUCACUUCCUUCUUUGAAACCACCUCCCUGCCGAGAUCCCCAUGUCGAAAACUGCAAGAAGGCCUCCCCAUUACAUCUAGCUGUGUUCUAUGGUGCCCUCUACACUCUGGCCAUUGGAACAGGUGGAACAAAACCCAACAUAUCAACCAUUGGAGCAGACCAGUUCGAUGAUUUUGAUCCCAAAGAGAAGAACCAGAAACUCUCCUUUUUCAACUGGUGGAUGUUCAGCAUCUUCUUUGGCACACUCUUUGCCAACACAGUUCUUGUCUACAUACAAGACAAUGUGGGCUGGACCUUGGGAUAUGGCCUUCCAACUCUUGGCCUUCUUAUAUCUGUUAUAAUCUUCUUGGCUGGCACACGAUUUUACAGGCACAAGGUGCCUACUGGCAGCCCCUUCACAAGGAUGGCUAAGGUCAUAGUUGCUGCAGUGAGGAAAUGGACUGUGACUUUGCCUAGUGACCCUAAGGAGCUCCAUGAGCUUAACUUGGAGGAUUAUACAAAAAAAGGAAAAUUCAGAAUUGAUUCCACACCAACCUUAAGGUUCCUCAACAAAGCUGCUGUGAAAACAGGCUCAAACAGUCCAUGGAAGCUAUGCUCAGUAACCCAAGUAGAGGAGACCAAGCAAAUGAUACGAAUGGUCCCAAUCUUGGUAGCCACAUUUGUACCAAGCACUAUGAUUGCACAAGUAAAUACCUUGUUUGUAAAGCAAGGCACCACCCUUGAUCGAGCGGUCGGGAGCUUCAAAAUCCCCCCUGCAAGUUUAUCUGGAUUUGUGACCCUCUCCAUGCUUGUCAGUGUCGUGCUCUAUGACCGGUUCUUCGUCAAGAUCAUGCAAAAGUUGACAAAAAAUCCUAGAGGAAUCACUCUCCUUCAAAGAAUGACAAUUGGAAUGCUUUUCCACAUUAUAAUUAUGGUCAUUGCAUCUCUAACUGAGAGGUAUAGGCUUAAUCUUGCAAAGGAACAUGGCGUAGUCGAAAAUGGAGGACAAGUUCCCAUAACCAUAUUGAUUUUACUUCCCCAAUUUGUGCUCAUGGGAACAGCUGAUGCUUUUCUAGAGGUUGCCAAAAUUGAGUUCUUCUAUGACCAGGCACCUGAAAGUAUGAAGAGUCUUGGGACUUCUUAUUCCAUGACCACUUUGGGGAUGGGAAACUUUCUUAGCAGCUUCCUUCUUUCAACAGUUUCUCACAUCACCAAGAAGCAUGGUCACAAAGGAUGGAUUCUGAACAACCUAAAUGCUUCUCAUCUUGACUACUACUAUGCAUUUUUCGCCGUACUAAACGCCUUGAACUUCAUUUUCUUCUUGGUUAUGACUAAGAUGUAUGUGUACAAGGCUGAAAUUUCGGAUUCGAUAAAAGUACUCACAGAAGAAUUGAGGGAGACAACCUACAAGCCAUCUAACAAAGAAGAAUCAUAGACAUAGCUAAAAUAAGCAACCUAUAUGCCGCAGAAAUUGAAGAUGAAACUGAAAUUGUUGACAGUCCCCAGCUCAGUUUGUUAAAAAGGCCUUUAACAGAGCUUCUAGAUAGAAAUGGUGGAUCAUGGUAGUGUGUGUAAGGGAGGGGAAAAAAUAUAAAGCUGUGAAUGCUUGCUAGUAUUUGCCUGUAAGUACAUCAUUAGAAGUUGAAAUAUAUAUAGUACUUCCAGUUCUCAAAUGAAGGAUGUGUUCAUGAAUAUCUUAGAAUAUCUGAAUAGAAACAAUUUCUUGAAA